CAUGAAUACUCUAAUUAAAUCAAUAGCAGGGAAAUUCUCGACAGUUGCAUUGCAUGCUGUUGUACCUUUUACAGGGUACAAGUACGAUGACAUCGAUACCUCCAAAAGUUAUAGAUUGCGAUCUUUACUCUCUGAAAUUUGGGACAACAGAAUUGAUGAAGGAUUUCACAUGGCUUACGAGUAUUUAUUGCUUUAAAUUGUUAGACAAUUCAUUCAAGCACUCAGUGAGAAAGAUUACAAGUUCAUCUCAACAAUAGCUAAUGCAAGUCUAGAAAGAUCUCUGGAGAAAUAUAAUUUUCAAUUGUUAAAUCUCUAGAAUGGAACAAAAGAUAUUAUCUAUUCUGAUUUAACGUAUGGUCUCAUACUAUUAAUAGAUUGUCCAUUGGUGAUAAAUCACAAUAGUGUGUAAAGAUGUCUCUAUUUGACUGUGUGAAUUUGGACAUAUAUGGUAAUGAUCAUGAACGAUCUGAAAUUGAAAAGUACAUCCAUACAAUAUUUAGUGUCACCUUCCGAAUUGAGUGUUACAUACUGUCAUAGUUAAUGUUGUAUCCAACACCUGAAGCUCAUUUUGAAUCAAUUUAUCAUAGAGUAUUUAAACAGUCUUAUCCCUUAGGUUAUGUUUGAAUUGAAACUGACACAAGCAGCCAAGACCUCUCCAGAUUUAAUUAAAGUAUUGCUCCUGAGUUCAAAAAAAAGAAUGAAAUACCUCCGAAAUCAUUUUAUAGGCAAAUAAUAUGAAUGGCGAAUUAUGGAAAUAGAUAAUUUAAACUUGUGA